CAAGGUAAGAAGAUUUACUUCUAACGGAGUUUGCCGACUUGGCGUGUGUGAUGGACUGACUGGGCGUGUUACAAAAAUUACAAAUGAAGUUUGCAAAAAAGGAAACAAAGCAUGCAAGGUUGAAUGUAAGUUUUGAAAGCCUUGAUUCAAAGGAAGCAUAUCUUUGUUUAUGUGGAGCGCUAACUUUAAAAAAAAAAAAUCCAUGACCGAACCUACUUGAUAAUCAAUCAAUCAAUCAAUCAAUCAAUCAAUCUUUAUUUUAUAUAGCGCCUUUUAUAGUUGACCACCAUCACAAAGCGCUUUAUAAAACAAUAAUGCCAAUUCAUUCUUGUUGUCAAUUAAAGGGCAGCUUCAAAAUGAAAAUUCAAAAGUAACAAAGAAAAACAGAAUCAAAUAAGGAGGGGCACUCUGACAAUGUUUACUUUUUAAAAGCACCAGUUAAACCAUUUAAUGUUCAACGUGGAGAAUCAACCACUGGGAAAAGAAGCAUUUUCUGCAAUGGACUGCCCCAGUUGUAACUAUAGUUGGACAAUCAAUGACACUGAGCCAGGUGAAAAAGGGGCUCCCUACUCCAUCCAAAUCACUGUAUCCCUGAUCAUUCUAGUGGGGAUCCUCAUUCUCCUUACAGUGUUUGGCAACGUCCUCGUUGUUAUAGCAGUGUUUACAAGCAGGGCUUUGAAAGCCCCACAAAACGUAUUUUUGGUCUCUUUAGCCUCUGCAGAUAUCUUGGUGGCCACCUUGGUCAUGCCCUUUUCCCUGGCCAAUGAAUUAAUGGGCUUCUGGUACUUUGGCAAAGUCUGGUGCGAGAUCUAUCUGGCCUUGGAUGUCUUGUUUUGCACAUCUUCAAUCGUCCACCUGUGCGCCAUAAGUCUGGAUAGGUACUGGUCCAUCACCCAGGCCAUUGAGUACAACCUCAAGAGAACUCCACGAAGGAUCAGAUGCAUCAUAUUUAUUGUCUGGGUGAUCUCGGCAGUCAUAUCCUUCCCACCCUUAAUUACAAUGGAAAAAGAACAGGGGAAGCAAGAAGACCCACGCUGUAAAAUCAACGACGAGAAGUGGUACAUCAUCUCCUCCUGUAUAUGCUCCUUUUUUGCCCCCUGCAUCAUCAUGAUUCUCGUUUACAUUAGAAUCUACCAGAUCGCCAAGAAGAGAACGAGGGUGCCCCCCAGCAAGAGAAACAACGAUGAGGUUGACAGAAAGCAGAAUGGCUUUGUGGACAAGGACUGCCCCGAGAAACUGAAUGGGGAAGAGAAGGACCCAGCUGGAGAUCAGGAGAUGAAUGGAGAAGACUUAGAAGAGUCCUCUUCUUCUGACCACAACGUCAGUAACCCUUGCUCGAUCAAGAAAAAGAGCAACAAGACACGGGGGAAGGCAAGGACCAAGCUGACCCAGAUCAAACCAGGGGAUAACCUCCCCAAAAGGGAGGAAGAGCCAGCUGUGAAGGUGUCGCGGUGGAAAGGAAGGCAGAACAGAGAAAAGAGAUUCACUUUCGUGCUUGCAGUGGUGAUCGGGGUGUUUGUGGUUUGCUGGUUCCCCUUCUUCUUCACCUAUAGCUUGACUGCCAUCUGUCUCUCGUGCAACGUCCCCGAGACUCUGUUCAAGUUCUUCUUUUGGUUUGGGUACUGUAAUAGCUCCCUCAAUCCGGUUAUAUACACGAUAUUCAACCAUGACUUCAGGAGGUCUUUCAAAAAGAUCCUUUGCAGAGGAGACAGAAAGAGGGUUGUUUAAAAUGAUUUACAGACUGCUGAUUGUUUUGCAAGCUAUUCAAGAAUUGUAGUUCAUCAUACAUUGUAUUGUUGUUUGCAGGUCUGUGACUACAUGGCAAUUUAGGGUUAAAUAACAAAAUAGGAGUUUUUGUAUGUGAAAAACAAGCCACAUUAAUUAGUUUGUUUAAAGCUACAUGUACAGUAAGUAUUAGUUUAAACAUGGCAUAUAUAUAUAUAUAUAGAUAUAUAAAUGCUUUCUAUAAUUUAAUGAAUAUUUUUGUAAAAACAAUACUGUAUCGUGUCAGUAUAUUUUUUAAUACUUUAAUAUUUGCCUCUCAUUUGUCAGUCUAUACCGCUGUUGAAUAUGACUGGGUUCUCAGUGCUUCUAGGUAAGGGAGGAAAGUGUCUGUUACCAUGGAUGAAGUUUACACAUUAAAGAAAACACAUUUGCUCAUUCUUACAUUGUACAGCAGAGAAACCAAUCUCAUUGAAAAGAUGCUUUAUUAAUUGGUGUGUUAUGCUGCUGUCAUCAUGACCUGGGUUCAAAAGUCAAUUUCUGUCCAUGUUAAUAAAUGCUUUUUAUAGGUGAAAGCUAUCUGAAUGUAAUCUAGCUUUUUUUUGUUUUGUUUUUGUUGGUUGGGAAUUCAAAAAUAAAAAAUAAAAUUCCAA